AGCCAAUUAGUAACUACAGAUACUCGACAAAUUGUAGAUAAAUUGAAGGAUAGGCGCUUUAAAUUUAUAAAUAGGUUUUUUGAAUGACAUUAUUUUUCUUACGACCCCAAAUUCUAGCAAAAAUUCACGAAAUUAAUUGGUUGAAUUGGAGGAAGAGGGGUUCGGGCUGUGCGGCAUUCGAUCCAGCCCCUUCUGCUGUCUCCUUUCGUGUAGCAAGCUGAGAUUGCUCCGCCACCACCUCUGGCGACUCCAUCCGGCGCUUAUGAGUGGAACCCAUGCAUCAGCCGCAUAAAAGCUUCCUGCUCCUGCAAAUUUGAAUUACUCUUCUUAUUUCUCAUCACUUUGCGUUUGUUCAUCCCCGUUUGUAGUUGGUAAAAUUCUCUUGUGACGCAUUGCAAGAGCCUAAUCUUGUUAUUAGGAGACUCUGUGCGAUAAACUUUGUGUAGUAAACUGAAGAAGCAUCCGCCACACCAUGUCAGAAGAAACCACAGGGCUUCACGAAACUGCUUCUACCCAUUCUCUUGUGCUUCGUCUACAAGAAAUCCUAUCCUCUUGCUCCGAAUCAAUUAAAGUUGGAGAUGAAAGCUCAGUGUCAGAGCUGGUUGACUUCCUCGAAACAAUCUCGGGCUCAGCGUUAGCUAACCCUGAAGACAAAGAUGCACAAAACAAAGCAUUGGAAAUUCUUUCUUACAUCCAUAUGUUUUUGCUUUCUUCUAGUUUAGACCAGGAGGUUCUUGAUGUGCUUUCAUUUGUGUUGCCGAAAGCAGCUGCAAAGUUUGCAGGGUUGUCAAGUAGGUGCUUGGAGAUUGCUGAUAUGAUUAUUGAUCGUUUUAUAGCUAUAUGUAGUCCACGGGACAUGCUUUCAAUUCUUUGCGGGGCUUUGAGUGCCACAGAUAGGCCAAUUAAUGCAUCUGGUUAUGUUGCCUCUAUUCUAAGCGGGCUCUCAAAAGUAUUCCUUUCAAUACAGAGGCGUCACUUUGAGCAAGUAAAAGUAGCAAUUCCAGUUAUCCUAAAUGUGUUAAAGAUCGCAUGUUCUGAGCUGGCUGACGAAGACAAAGAAUGUGUUGAUUUAAUUUGCAGAGCUUUAGACAUUGCACAUUCCAUACGAGCCAUUUGUGAAAAAAUGGAGGGCAGAGUAAAUGAAAAGCUUCGUGCUCUACUUGGUUUAUAUGUUUUACAAAUCAUGGCUUUUCUUUCAUUCAAUGAAGGAGAUAAGUUGUCAAGCUGUCUUCAUCCGGUGUCACAGCUUUCCAAAAUUUUCCCAUAUUGCAGUGUAUCAUAUGUUGGUUUAAUAACAGGAUCUGAUGUUAACUUAAUGACCAACAUUAUUGUUGGAGAGGUGGAAUAUGAUUUUAUGAGCUGUUUAUCCUACAUCAAACAUGGUGCAUCCCUUUCAGUGAUCUGGGGUCAUAUCUAUGAUGAUGUUGCUCUGGCUGCUGGGGAAAAUAUGUCUGCUGUCAAGGAUGAACUUCGAAGUAAUCAAACUAAUAGGUGGCAAGCUAUAGGCAUGUUAAAGUAUAUAUUGGCAUCUACCAAUAUGCCAUGGGAAUUAAAGAAACAUGCCAUUAACCUCUUGCUUUGUAUUACAAAUGGAAAUGUUGCACGCGAUUUACAAGCUGAUUGCUCUAUUUAUUUGCCUAGCCUCUAUGCAGUGUUGCAGGCCAUUACAAAGGUCAUCAUUUAUGCACCAAAUACUGAGUUAAGGAAGAAUGCCUUUGAGGCACUAAAGAGGGUACUUCAUGAUGUUCCAACAUUUGAGAGGCUUGAUAUUUUAAAAGCAUUGAUAGCAAACAACAAUUCUUCCUCCAUGAUUGCAAUUCUUUUAGAUCUUGUUAGAGGAGAGUUGCACAUGGAACGUUUCCAAAGAAAAUCAAUUAGAAAAAAUGAAUCAUUGCCAGCCAAAAAUCAAGGUAGUUCAAUUACAUCACUUUGGAAUGAUGGAGUGCUUGAACUGUUGGAGAGAGUUUUGAGGCCACCAGAGGGAGGACCUCCACCCUUUCCUGAGCAUGGAGAUGCGGUUCUAUCUGCACUCAACCUUUACAGAUUUAUAUUGAUGACAGAAUCAGCAGGACAAACCAACUUUACUGGAGUACUAUCGAAGAACAAUUUGCAGAAGGCAUAUAAUGAAUGGCUUCUGCCUCUUCGAACCCUUGUGACUGGAAUUAUGACAGAGAAUAAGAAUGAUUAUAAUCAACUUGCAAUGAACACAGUAUGUGCUCUUAACCCAGUUGAGUUAGUUAUGUAUCGAUGUAUUGAGCUUGUUGAAGAAAAGCUAAAACAGUCAACAUAAACUGUGAUCAUCACAUCUGAUAGCUCAUGCUUUAAGUCCCAGCUCACUUGAACUACAGAGGGAUAGGUAGACAUACGUUUGCCGACAUAAAUUAUUGUAUUUUUGUUUCUUUCUUUUUUGUUCCCUCAAUAAUUUCAAUACAAAUAUAAUGACGAGAAACAUGAGCCGAAAACAUUUUGCAGGUAAGGUUUGGUUUGUUGUCUGGUAUUUAUGUGAAUCAAAUGUCGUAGUUUAUCAAUCUUAGCUUUCUAUGCUGUUUUCAAGGAGAGUAUCCAUUUGUUAGAUUUAAACACUGAGUUUGUUUUGUUUCAAUGCAUAUAUGUUAUAUA